UGCCGGCGCCGCCAGCGCCGCCGCUGCCGUCGCCACCGGCGGUGCCAAGCGCCCCGCUGAAGAUCCCGCGCUCGCCGGCCAAGCCUGCCGAAAAGCCGCCGGCCCGCUCGCCGCCCACCAUCGCCGAGAAGCUCGAGCGGCAGGCGGCCGAGGAGGCGCGAGCGGCGGCGCGCGAAUCGCCAGAGAAGGCGCCUCAGUUGGUCAUCGACGUGUUGACGGAGUCAAUCGAACUGGACCACGGCAUGCACCGGCCGGCGCCGGCCGUCGCGUCGCCGCCGCGUAAGCGCCAGCGCGUCCAGUCGCGCUCGGCCGAGCAGCCGGCGGCCGACCUGCUCGCGAGCGAGCCGUUGCUGGACGAGGGGUUGGUCGCGGACAGCGGCCCAGUCGGCCAGGUGAUGGUGGCUGGCGAGGUCAUUGACGAGGACGACCUGAUCACGAUGGAGCUUGACCCGAUGGAGGUGCCGCUUCCGGUGGACAGCGUGCCGCGCCGGCCCUGCAAGGUAUGCCACCGCCAGCUGAAGGUGACCAACAUCAGGCAGCACAUGUUGACGCAUACGGGCAUGCGGCCGUUCAAGUGCGAGAUCUGUUCGGCGGCGUUCACGCGCCGCUCGGACGUGUUCCGCCACGUCAAGAUACUGCACCAGCAGGAGAAGCCGUUCAAAUGCGUCAAGGACGGCAAAGAGUUUAGCGACCGCAAGGGUCUGAAGGCGCACAUGGAGCAGCAUAAGCGGCCGGCGCUGUUCGCCUGCAAGGUGUGCGACUUCCGCUUUGGCAAGUUCGAGUACUACGUGAACCACGUCAAGUUCAUUCACCCAACGGGGGAGCCGCUGCCGGCCUUCCCCGAGGACGUGGAGCCCGAGCCGGAGCCGGUGGCGCCGCCGCGCGGUCGCUACGGCCCCACGCCGCUGCAGGCCUACAUCGACGACGACGACGAUGACUCGCACACGGGCGGCGUGCUGGAGCGCGGCAUGAGCGAGGAGCUGCAGCUGGCUGGCGGUCUGGAGAGCAUCGAGACCGAGGAGAUCCCCCACGACUCCAUGCACCUGGUAGCCGGCGGCGCCGCCGAGGACGCGGACCCGGGCGGGGAGCCGGCGCACCGGCUCCAGGAGACGGCCGUGCCCGACGCCGUCGAGGGCCAGGACGUGGUGAUCGGCGCCGCCGGCCAUGCGUCCGACGAGCAGCGCGCUUCAGACGAGCGUGCCCACGACAAGGACGACUCGCAGGAGCAGAUCGACUUCCCGCCGCUGGAGGAGGACGCGGCCGCCAUUCUGGGGAUGACGGACCUGGCGCUCACCAACGAGAACACGUCGCUGCAGUGCGGCGCCGCCGGACUGGAGGAGCAGACGUCGCUGGAGCCGCCGGCCAGCGCGCCUGUGGUCGUGCUCUCGGGCGCUGGCACGCCCGUCAAGCGGCAUCCGGACCCACUCAUAUCGACGCGCACCGUGCCGCCGUCGCAGCCGCGCGUCGUCACCAUCGGCAAGCCGGUGACCACCGUGGGGGCUGGCGCCGGCGGCGGCCCCAAGACGGUGCUGCUGACGCGGCCGCGCAUGGUGGCCGGCAAGCAGGUGCUGCAGGCGGUCAAACUGGGUGCCGGUCAGAAGAUCGUGGCAGCGCGCGUACCGGGCGGCGGCGGCGGCGCGCUGGCGGCCGGCCGCGGCGCUGGCCAACGUCAACCGAUCGUGCGCCAGGUGCUGAUCAACCGACCAGGCGGCGGCGGCAGCGGCGCGCGCCUGACACCGAGGGUGGUGACCACAACAUCGUGA